GUGCAUUUUGCAUCACAUAGCCAACUACCUACCUGUACCUGUCAUGGGUUGCUGUUGCUGUUGUGCCUCUGGCAAGGAUCGAGUGCUGCCGGUGCCAGAACCAGAUCAGAGCGAAUAUGAGCAGUUCCAAAAGCUUUUGAGCGAAGAUGUGGGUCCUGGCGGUGCACAUGGGUGGCAGAUCAAGCAAGAUUGGGCCAAAGACUACAAGCAGCACUUCAAGAUGCGCAUUUGCCUGCGAAACCACGAAUCAGGGAACCCCAACAAGCUCUUACGAGCGGAUGGAAAAUACCAGGGUGUGAGCCCUGAGGAUUUCUUGGGCUUUCUCCUCAACCCGGAGAACCUUCCGGGUCUAAAGGAGUGGAUCGAUGUGGAGACCUUGCCAGAGGGAUACAUCAAGUACUGCCGCGUGAAGGCGGACGUACUGUCGAAUGCCGUUGGGGGUGGGUGGUCGUGGCCGUCGUGGGGGUCGAUGCCAACGGCUGAUGCCUUUUUGGCUGAUUCCAACGGAACUGCAUUGAUUCGCACCCUGCAUGACGGCGAGAGACCAUUGCUGGAAGUACACCAUCGACCGCCGUGAGGAUGGGAGUAUUUUCGUGUGCAUCCGUACGACGGAGCACAGCGCUUGCCCCGAAAAGCCGGGGAUCAUCCGCGCAUACUACUACAACAGCUCCUUGUUCAAGAUGAGUGACACUGAGGAGGGAGUGAUGGAAAUGACGGAGUUUAUCUUUCAGGAUCUCAAAGGAGGCUUGCCACCAUCGCUGCUGAAUGCUGCUUUGCCAGCAGGGACGAUGGAGACCAACAAGAAGGAGAUGAAACUUCUCCUUUCAAAGAAACCAGCUGCCUGAGGUCACCCUUAAUUGAUGUCAGCAGCUGCUGUCUGAUGUCAAACUCAGACCUGCAGGCUGCAAACCUGUGGCCGUUGUAGGACUGGGGCUUGCAACAGCAAGUAUUUUUGCUAGUUGCUUGUGUGGACAUGUGUACCUUUCGUGCAUCUCACCCUGAGAAUCGGAGCACUGAGGCGGAGACGCCCAAAAAGAGUGAAGAGAACAAGUUCAGUG